CUGCCACUGAAAAAAAAAUGUUGAGAUUAAAACAAGGGAAAUUUAUAAACUGAUGGAUUUAGAUAGUAGUAGAACUUACCUAGUUAAAAAGGCCUCAAAAGAAAAGUGGGAGUCGAAAAAAACUUAGGAAGAAACUGCUCUUUUCAAACCGUUAUUCCUUAAUGCGGUUGUAAAAAGGAGUUGGGCAUAAACCAAUUAAGAAUCUCUCUCUCUCUCCCUCUCUCUCUCUCUCUAUUUUCUUCUCCAAGAUUCAGAAGAAAUGCCAACUUCCUGGCACCUCAUCUUCCUCCCCUUCUUGUUCAUGUCUCUCUCCUUCACAGAUGGGACUCAACUCAUAGUUGUGAACAACUGCAAGGAAACCAUAUGGCCCGGAAUCCUCGGCACAGCCGGCCACCCGACUCCCAAAGACGGCGGCUUCCCCCUCUAUAUCGGCGAACAAGUCGUCAUCGAAGCCCCGGAAAACUGGUCAGGCAGAAUCUGGGGCCGUCAGGGCUGCCGUUUCAACACAAAAACCGGCAAAUUCUCGUGCCAAACAGGGGACUGUUCCGGCCUCUUACACUGCACCGGCACCGGUGGCCUACCCCCUGCAACUCUCAUUGAAAUGACACUUGGCACCCCCAAAUCAGCCUUGCAUUUCUACGACGUGAGCCUCGUUGACGGGUUCAACCUCCCGGUGUCAAUGACACCAGUUGGUGGCGGCGUAGGAUGUGGCGUGGCGGCAUGUGAGGCGGACUUGAACCAAUGCUGCCCCGCCACUCUAGCGGUGAUGAGGCGGGGGAGGGUGGUGGGUUGUAAGAGUGCUUGUUUGGCUACUAAGAAGGAUAGGUAUUGUUGUACCGGGGAAUAUGCUAACCCUGGAAAUUGCAAGCCUACCGUGUUUUCACACCUUUUUAAGGCCAUUUGUCCCCGGGCUUAUAGCUAUGCAUAUGAUAAUUCCGCGGGACUCAGGACUUGUAGGGCUCCACGGUAUGUCAUUACCUUUUGUCCUUCCAAAUGAUAUUGGCUCACUCAUAUGUGUUUCGCUGUUGUUUUAGGCUUUGUUUGAGGUUUUUUUUAAGGUUCUGGAAGUUAAUAUUUUGGUUCAAGUCUGUACUUUGUGUGUGAAAAUACCAUUUUCAUUAUCAACAAUUGCAAGCACUCUUGUCUAUGCAUGCACCAUAAAGUCAUUGGUGCGGGCAAUCGCCACAUUAGGACCA